AUGUCCGAGUCGGAUGAAGAAGUUGCCUAUGCUCUCCGAUGGAACAACAAUAUAGCAAUAAUGAUCUUUGGGUUGAUAUCCUAUGAGUACAUACUUCACUUCGAUAAAGAGAUCAAGUUUGUUUGGACAAGAAAGUGGUCACUGAUGACGUGUCUCUACCUCGCUGUCCGAUAUUUUGGUAUUUUCCUUGCAAUGCUUUGUGCCUGCUCACUAGGGGGAGGUCUAAUGUACAUUCCCGAACGGGUGAGAUUCCGGGUUGACCCAGAUCCAGUCCUGCAAGUAUACUGUCUUCAACAUGAACUGCAUUCGCUUACCACGCAAUCGAAACAGGCUACAUUCUUGCCGUUCUAUUGGAAUGGGGCUUUUCAGUUUAUUUUUGGUUGGCGGAAGUCAUUCUCAUCUGGCGCCUACACGCUCUACACCAAUCGAGGUCCUUACUAUAUGUGCUAAUAGGGUUGUUCUCAAUCAUCGUCGCGAUCUCGAUAGGGAUGGAUAUAUACUUAUAUAGUCGACCCGUAGCGUUUUCGGGUGAAUUUCUACCUGGAUCGAUUUGCG